AUGGAGAAACGCGUAUUAAAACUUGAAUUUGAUGUUGGCACAACAAGUCGUUCAGCAACCGGUGGUAAAAAUGAAGGUGUUGGUAAAACAAUGGAACUUGUUCAACGUGAACAUGAUCGUGAUGUUAAAGAAAAAGAAGAAUUACGUUUUUUAAAUGAUCGUUUUUCGCAUUUUCUUGACAAUAUCGAACAAUUAAAAAAACUUAAUGAACAAUUACAAGCACAAUUAAAAGAUGAAUUUUCUAAAUGGGGAAUUUUACCACGAGAUGAAAAUGAAUUACAAAAAUUAAUAGUUCAAAUUAAUGAUCGUGCUAUGAAACGUGCUAAUGAUGAAGUACGUUCACGUGCAGCUGAACAAGAAUCAGCUAUACUUAAUCGUGCAGCUGCUUUAUAUGGAAAUAUACAAGAUAUGUAUAAACGUAAACAAGAAAAUUUACGUAAUCUUAUUGAUAAAUUACAAGAAGAAAUAAAUCGUAUUAGUCAACAUGAACGUGUAAGUAAUGAAGAAGUAACAACAACUCGUGAUGAUUUAAUAAAAGAAUUAACAAAAUUUCGUCAACGUUUACAAGAUUGGCUUCGUAUUGUUGUUGAAAAACAAACAUUAUUAGAUGAUAUACAAUCAUUACGUGAACGUAUUAAUUUAAUCAAUGCAUUGAAUGAAGAAGAAAUAAAUGAAUGGAAACGUCUUUUAGAACAAUCAAAUGUUGAUUCACUUUCAUUUUAUAAAGAAGAAUUAGCAAAUGCUAUAAGAGAUAUUAAACGAGAUUAUGGUAAACAGGCAAAGAAAUUUCAAGAUGAACUUGAAUAUCAAAUUGAAGGACAAUUACGUACGAUUGAAAAUCAACUGAAACAAACACCAGGUGUAGGUGAUGGUUCAAUGCAAGAAUCUGAACGAAAUCGUUUACAAAUGGAAGAAACAAAAUUACGUGGAUUUAUGGAAGAAUAUGAUAAAGAACAAGCUCGUUUGAAUGAAUUAACAAAAAUCUUAUCAGAUAAACGUCGUGCAUUACGUGAUGAAGAAACAAAAUUACAUGAAAUUGAAAGAAAACUUCGUGAAAAACAAAUGCAUGAACGAAAUAUUACUGACCGACUUAAACAUGAAUAUGAUGAAUUACGUCAACGAUUCGAACAGAUGGCAUAUGAAUUAAGAUUUAGUAUUGAAGAUGAACUUAAAAUAUAUUCUCGAUUACUUGAUGAACUUAUGAAAAAAUCAACAGUUAAUUCAACAUCAACUAGUGCAACUCAACAAAGUGGUGGAUCAACUUUUACAGCAAUAUCAUCAACAAUACGAUCAGGUGGUAUUGAAGAUCAUGAUAAAUCUUCCAGUUUACAAAGAAUGCAUAAUACUACUUCAAGUGCUGGUUCAGGAAAUUCAAUUUUUGAUUUAGGUGGAACUAGCAGUGCAUUUCGACCAAAUGAUCAUGAUACAUACAAUACAAGCUCAGAAACUCGAUCUUCAUCGUUUACACAACAUCAUUAA